CAUGUGUGUAUGUGUCCUACCCGGCCGCAUGAGAUGAGCUGCCUGCAGUCUUUACGGCCGCUGUUUUCGCCUGCUGUUCCUCCUCUUCUUCUUGCCUCGGUCUAUCUGUCCGGUCCGGGAAAUGUUGACCACCGUGGCCUGAUCCAGCGCUGCCGAGUGCCCCUUAAUCUCCAGACCACCCCUCACCGUGUUUGUCUCUGAGGGUCGUAGCCCGCCUCCACUGAUCUGGCUGUGUAAGGUUCUGAUCUGUCCAUCUUGUAUCGAAACUGAUCCAACCAAGCAAAUUGUCCGAAACAGCUGAGAAACACAAAACAUGGCUGUGGCCGGAUGUCCGGAUUAUUUCCUGCAUCACCCAAAUUAUCAGCAGGACAAUAUAGACCGGUCCUCCAAUCACAGACAAGCUGACCUCAUUGGCCCUAGCUUCCAGCAAUCAGCCAAUCGGAGUUCUCCUAACCAUCAAGAGGAUGAUGUCGAUUUAGAGGCCCUGGUGAAUGAUAUGAACUCUUCGCUGGAGAGCCUGUACUCUACCUGCAGUGGUCAGCAGAAUGAGUCCACCCCACUAUUGCACAAUGGACAGACUUCUUCUUCACACCAUCACCAUCAUCACAUGCAACACAACCAGCCUCGGCAAGGUCAGCACUCAAACGCGCUAAGCCAUGUCUCCCCGGAGCCACCCUCCUCCUCGUCCGCGGACUCCCCCCAAACAUGCCUCCGCCGGUCACAACCCAUGCACAUCCUCGCUGUCAGGAGGUUGCAGGAGGAGGAGCAGCAGCUGAGGACAUCAUCUCUCCCGGCCAUUCCCAACCCCUUCCCAGAGCUCUGCAGUCCAGCAAGCUCCCCUGUGCUCAGUCCUGGGUCCUUACCUCCCGGAGAACCCUCCUCUGGCAAAUAUAUUGUGAAGAUCUUCAGUGAAGAUGGCAUGGGUAAAGUGGUGGAGAUCCCAGCCGACAUGACAGCCAGAGACCUGUGCCAGCUCUUGGUUUAUAAAAGCCAUUGUGUGGACGACAACAGUUGGGCACUUGUUGAACACCACCCACUGCUAGGACUAGAGCGCUGUCUAGAAGACCAUGAGCUGGUGGUUCAGGUCCAGGCCUCUAUGAACAGCGACAGUAGAUUCCUCUUCAGGAAGAACUAUGCCAAAUAUGAAUUCUUCAGAAACCCCCUGACAUUUUUCCCGGAGCACAUGGUUGCAUGGUGCCAGGAAACCAGUCGCACAAUUCUACCAUCUCAGCUCCUUCAGAACUUCCUAGCGACCAGUAGCUGUCCAGAGAUCCAGGGGUACAUGUAUGUGAAGGAGGUGGGUAGAAAGUCGUGGAAGAAAGUGUAUAUGUUCCUGCGGCGCUCAGGACUCUACUGCUCUACAAAAGGAACCUCGAAGGAGCCCAGACAUUUACAGUUACUAGCGGACCUUGAAGACAGCAACAUCUUCACUGUCAUCACAGGCAAAAAGCUGCAUGGUGCACCCACAGACUACGGGUUCUGUAUCAAGCCUAACAAAAGUCGAGGGGAGUUGAAGGAGUUGAGGAUGAUGUGUGCCGAGGAUGAACAGGGCAGGACCUGUUGGAUGACUGCCUUCCGGCUCUUUAAGUAUGGGAUUGUGUUGUACCAGAAUUACAAGAUUCCUCAACAAAGAAAAACCUUACUUUCACACUUCUCGGCACCUGUGCGGAGUGUAUCCGAGAACUCCCUUGUGGCAAUGGAUUUCUCAGGGAGGAUAGGCCGGGUGAUUGACAACCCUGUAGAAGCUCAGAGCGCUGCGAUGGAGGAGGGACAUGCAUGGAGGAAGAGGAGUACACGAAUGAACAUAUUAGGCUCCCACAGUCCACUUCACCACUCCUCACUAAGCUCAGUCAUCCACAUAGCUCAGUUGUGGUUCCAUGGCAGGAUAACCAGAGAAGAAUCCCAUCGCAUCAUCCACCAGCAGGGACAAGUCGAUGGGUUGUUUCUGCUGAGAGUCAGUCAGAGUAACCCCAAGGCGUUUGUGCUCACAUUGUGCCAUCACCAGAAAAUCAAACAUUUCCAGAUACUACCGUGUGAAGAGGACGGCCAAGUCUUCUUUAGCCUUGACGAUGGCGCCACCAAGUUCACCGACCUGAUUCAGCUGGUGGAGUUCUACCAGCUCAACAGAGGAGUGCUGCCUUGUAAACUCAAACACCCGUGCACCGUUGUGGCCUUAUGACAUCUUCGGAUCAUCUGACCCCAUGACCUCAAUCACUUGACCUAACUCUGCCUAAAACAAACAAAACAUAAAGAACCUUUCUGUUGGUUGGUUCUUUUUUUAAAUCUUUAUAAGAAGCUGGUGAAUUGACUGAUGUUUCGUUUUCUUUUUAUAUUGUUGUGAGUCUGCCGGAGACUGCUGACUUGUUGGAUACCCUUUGGUUUGCAUGGAUGUUUGAGGAGUCGGAUGCACAACUUGUUCACAAGGUUUCUCAGUCAAGAAGAGAGAAGAUAAAGGAAAUGAACACUGCCGUUUGUGUCAGUGCUGUUGCAAAAUCUUCCACAAUCUUGCUACCCAUAGUCAUCGAUAAGCUUGGACACAGUAAUCCUCAAGGUUGUAUUAUACAGCUCAAAUGUAUACUGCAUUUCCUUUCAACUGGACAACCAGCAGGACAACUCAAGCUUUCGUGUUGGACCACUCUGCUCUCUGAGAACAAACAGUAGUCUUUGUCACAUGUCCUCAAAGAAUAUACUGUAGAUGGAGAGUUGAUUGUCUCAGUUUUGCACUCAUCGAAGUGGGAGUGGCCUUUGGCGGCGCAUGACUUCCCCGCUGUCACAUCACUUAACUGGGAGAUGGUGCCACCGCCCUCUAGUGUCAUAGGUAUGUAAGGGCAUGUCAAAAUUCAACAUGGAUGAAGAUUUGAAGGCGCCAGAAAAAGUGUUUGUUUUGAAUCCCUUUUGAGGUUUGGAAACAUGAGAAGUUUGUCAAGUCAAAUUAGCCUGGAGAAAAUGGCUGAGGAAAAAUCCGGAACUGUUGAAAUUAGUUCAAAGAAAGUAUUUUUUUAAGUGUGGACAUUAUAAAAUCUGCUUUGUCUACAUUCACAGAAAUGUAUUUGCUAAUCUCUGACCACACAGGGUUUCUUUUCUUAAUGAUACAUUCAUUGCAGUUAUGUAUUGUUAUCAAGAUUGUAUUUAAUAUUUGUUUUUAAGUCCACCUUUUGCAUUCUGGAUAGUUGCAACUCUUCAUUAUUCACAUAAGCUACAGUAAGGUCAUUCUGUACUUGUUCUAUUGCACGCUUCAGUUCCCUAAAGUAUUUCCCAUGCAACUUCCAUAAAAAUGAGUAAGCAUUAAUGUGUCAUUCAGGGUGAAAUAACUAGUAGAAAAGCAAGUAGAAUUUUGUAACCAGGUCAACAGUUAUGGUGACUGCAAUGUUGAAAAGUGUAACCAGGGGAACCAAGCAAUAUGCAGUAGUUCACUGCAGGUAAAGGCAUUAUGAUAUCUGUUGCAGAAGAUGAAGUGGGACAAUGGAGAGUAUCAAUCUUUUGUUUGAUUCUCCUCACCCACAGCACAGGAAAGGAUAACCACUAGCAUUUCCUUUAGGUCUUUUUCAAGUGACAGCAAAUCAAAUUAAACAAAAAUGAUCAAUCAUUGCGGCACAAAACUGGGUCAGCCCAGACAUACAGUGGGUCCUUUGGGGAAACAUCUGUCCUCAUUCUGGGCCCUCUUUUCACAUGUGUCACACAUUGUUCCACAAAUUGCCUCCUACCUGUUGGAAGUCAGUGAGACGUUAUCAAACGUAAAUGUGGCUAGGAACAUGGUUUAGUGUUCUCCGACUCCACACCGAUAGACUCUGUGCAUUACAUUCCAUAUAAUGCGGCCUUCUUCCACCUGUAAGUACUUGUAAACCUACAGUAUCACAUACACACCUACUGCCUACUGCAUGCCACAUCUUUAUGAGUUCAGGCAGGCUGUAAAAGAGGUAGUCGGUGUUGCUACAGUGUGGAUAAAACAUGUAAGGAUAGAAGAGGAUUGUAAACAAAUGAUAGCUGCCUCUCCUCUCUCUGUUCUUCUCGGCCUGUCUCACCUGGUCUCAUCACACUUACUUUAGCCUGCUGUUGGAUAAACUGAAAUACACUCUUGGGCGUGGCAGCAACAUAGAACUGGACAUUUUAGGACUUAGUGUUCUGACUGCAAACUAUUAUUUUACCCCUGAUUACAGAAUAGCCCCUGGUACAUGAUGUGUUUUUGAUUGACAUAAUAAAAGUGGCGUAAUGCCAGCCAAGGUCAAAAAAGUAUUUUAAUGGAUUUCCCUUUGUGUUUUGGCCACAUCUACGAUGGAGCCCCUGUAAUUAACUGAAGUGAAAGGAACAUUUCAACACGGUGUCUCUAGACAACCUGGAUCAAAUUUCCUUUUGAAUAGAUAGGGAUACUUUUUUUAGCACCUAUUGACCAUGUCUAGCAGAACGGAACUAAAUAGAUAACACAUGAAGAGCAACACCCAAAAUCAUAUUCUGGGAAGAAAUACUUGGAGUCACUCCCAGUAAAUUUGGUUCAUAAUCAUGCCCUUUGAUAUGUCUCACCACAAACAAUGGUUUCCUUUGUUUUUUGUCUCUCUCUUUUUUUUUUUUGUUAUUUAAUGACUAUGCCUGAAAUUUCUAAAAACUCACACAGAAGUUUUAUUUAGUCCAAGCUUUGGUUGUAGCUCUGGUUAGGUCACCAGCCAGAAGAUGGUUAGAUAUCUAUUUGUACUUAUCUGUAAUGCACACAUCAACAGCCAUGACUUAUUUACCUGCAGGUUGUCUUAAAGUAUAUUGAACAUCUGAGAUGCAGAAUAGCUGCACCGUAUUGACUCUCUGUGCAUGGUCACCGUUAUUUAUCUGAGAUGCAAUGACUCAAUCAUUUUUAAAGUACUGUUGCAGCAAAAUGUAUUUAUUUAUCUGGAUGUGACUGAUUACUUGAAAAUUUUAAGAUUUAUUUUUCUCAGCGCUGUUCUCUACUGUUUUCUUUUGUCAUUACCAUGAAAUGAUUGACCAGUGUGUUCUGUUAUUCUAAUUAUUGUUGUGGUAAUGACAUAGCAUCUAUUGAUGUGUUUUGUUAUCUUUAUUUAGUUCAAUUCAAAAGCAGUUUUGUCAUCAUCAACACUUGUUAUGAAGUGAUGUUUGAAAGCACACUGGCAUCCAUAGUGUUGACAUUGUCAUUCCAAUAGAUGACAGGUGGAAUGUUGUGAAAUUGCAAAACAAGUUUCCCAAAGCAUUAGUCACUAUUACUGUUAAAUUAAUUACUCUCCCGGAUGUAUAAAAAUAUAAUCGUUACAAUUACAACGCUUUUAUGUUUAAAAGCCUCAGAUUUUCUCAAGACUGUUUUGUUGUUGAUCUAAACAAGAAAAAAUUCAUAUGAAUUAAAGUAAAAAAAGGCACAAAUGUUUUGGGAAACUGGGUCAAAUCAAACUCAACAUUCUCAUAACUCACUGUUGAAACUUCUUGCCUUGAAAAAAAAUAAUUGUAGAAAUUGUUACAUUCAAGUUAAACCGUUUCAAUGAAAAUCUUUUAAUGCUUAGAUUAGAUAUAAUUGAAGAAAUGCAUAACAACACCCCCUGCCCCAACACACCGCACAUACAGACACAGGCGUGUCACAAUUUUAAAAUUGCAAUGAACAGGGAUGUGAUAAAUCCAUGUUAUUGAAACCAUACCAGAGCAACAUUGUUAAAUGGGUCACAGCAUUGACCUCCUUUCAGCAGAAUGAGGAAACUUAAUUUAUUAGGUAGGUUUUAGAAUUUGCAUGAAUACAUACAUUCUUUUGUUGUUGCUGAAAGUCAUCUUAAGCUAAACUUAAUUCACUGAAGUUGAUGCUAGCUGUGUCUACAUUCAAUCCCCUGAGAGUCUACCCACACUGCAGUCAUCUUCAACUCCCAUUAUUACUUUUUCUUCUGGGUGAAGUGAAUGGUAGCAUUUGAGGAGGAACAGAUGGCUUUUAAGGUGUAGUUAGCAUUCACAUUAAAAAAUAUAUAUAUAAAGGUAAAUGAAAUUUGAAAACACAGAAAAAAGAAAUCAGGCGAUUUGUAUGUCCACGUUUUUUACACUAAACAGAAAUGAAUGUCACUGGGUUGCUCAGGGUUCACUGGUAGCAUGUUAAAAACUACUGGUCUCAGAUCGCUAGGACUGUUAUGUACAAGAUGAUGGAUUCAUAAAUAUUUGAGUUUCAUUCAGUUUGGAGUUUUUACAACACACAUGUGCCCCACCAAGCAAAAUUUAGUAGAUUCAGGACUAUUUAAAGAGGACAGUAACAAAGCCUAAAAUAUUUGCCUGGCUACCUGAGAUAAUUUAAAAGCCCAUCUCUAACAAUGUUACCUAUUCACAUUUGGAAACAAUUAGUGACCAGUUCAUAAAACAUUUUCAAUUUUCAUGCCCUGUUUUCUAGUAAAGUAGAAAAAAUCAUCUAAUGUGAUUCAUUUCAUCAUUUUACGCUGUGUCUUACAGAGAUAAACAAAUAGACACUCAAACGUGUAAAUAAAGGAACUAACAAUGAAGCGCAUUUCAGUUUUGGUAGCCAGGAAACUUGUAACAACAGAUGGUGCCUCUGACGACUCCUCUUCCUUUGCACAAACCAGACCUAACAUGUGGACCAAAUGACAGACAAAGCUACCGUUCAGAGGGGACCGUUCGCCCCAGAAACCUUGUAGUCCAUGAAUACAAUUCAAAAACAGAAAACGGCACUCUAAAUGAUUGUGGCGAAAGGUGACUGAGAGUGAAUGCUCAUAUUUUGAGUUGAAGUUUCAGUUCAAAGUUGAAAGUGAUUUGCCCCCUGUCCUGCAAAGAUGGAUUGAUCGAUUAUCAUCUUGAAUUUUGUGCUUUUUCAUAACAUUGUCACAAUGCAAGAUACCAUGGCUGUACAAAUGAGUAAAAUAAAAAAUAUAUCUAUAUAUGAAAAUAUAAACUUUUAUGUAUUUCAGGGAAUGCAAAAAAGAAAACAGUAACUUAUCUCUUUUUUGUAAGAGAGAGCUUCUGUAUUCAAAAUGUGCUUUGCUUCAAUCUGUAAAUAGUUGAAUGGCUUAUAAAUCUUAAUUGUAACCUUUUCAGGUAUUUUUGUACAAAUAAGGGACUGAUAUAUUCUGUUUAUUAUAAUUAGAAUAAAACAUUAAUACAUUGAUAUAAAAA